CUCCCUCACAUGAUCCCUCUUUCUGUGAAGUCGCUCAGAAAUAAGAGAGAUGAUGAGGGCUGUGAGAGCCGGUACAGCCAUGCGGUUCUUCUCUCUGCUCGGCAUCUUUGCCACAUUUACGGGCCACAUCUGUGCUCAGAUACACUGGACGCAAGAAAAGCUGUACCACAAGGCGAGCACUCUGAGUUCUGAUGAUCUAAUAAGUGUUCUGGCUCAAACAGACAUUGACCGCAUGUGGAAGAAUGACCUGAAGCCCAUGCUGGUGGUGCGAUAUCCUGGCUCUCCUGGAAGCCAAGCAGUGCAGCAGCAAAUAAAAUCAACCGUGGGCUCGCUGAAGGCAGGCUGGGAGGUGACUGAGGAUCGCUUCCAAAACUGGACGCCUUAUGGCCAGAUGCCUUUCACUAACCUAAUCGCCACUCUCAACCCUGGUGCUAAGCGGCACCUAGUGCUGUCUUGUCACUACGACUCAAAGUAUUUCCCUCCUCAGUGGCACGGACGGGAGUUUCUGGGAGCCACUGACUCAGCUGUGCCAUGCUCCAUGCUGUUAGAGAUGGCCAGGGCACUGGACAAGGAGCUAAAGACACUUAAGGACGCAGGGUCAGACCUGACUCUACAGCUUAUCUUCUUUGAUGGAGAGGAGGCUCUGUAUCAGUGGACCUCUACUGACUCUCUGUACGGUUCCCGACAUCUGGCAAACAAAAUGGAGAACACGGCACACCCUUUGGGAGCCACAGACACCAACCAGCUAGAUGGCAUUGAUCUUUUUGUUUUGUUGGACUUAAUCGGUGGUCCCAUGCCUCGCUUCGGUAAUCAGUUCUCCAACACUGCCAGGUGGCUCUCCAGGCUCCAAAAUAUUGAGCGGCGCCUGCAUGCACUGGGCCAGCUGGAGGAUCAUCCUAAUGAAGUGCAGUACUUCUGGCCUGGCAUGCCUGUGGGUCCUGUGCAGGAUGACCACAUGCCCUUCCUUAGCAGAGGGGUUCGGGUCCUUCAUCUUAUCCCCAGCCCAUUUCCCUCUGUGUGGCACACCUUUGAUGACAAUGAGGAGAAUUUGGACCGAGCCACGAUCCAGAACCUCAACAAGAUUUUGCAGGUCUUUGUGCUUGAGUACCUCAACAUGAAAAGCCAGAAUCCAAUUACACAGGCACCCUGAUGUUCCUUUAUCUUACGCUUAAUCAAUAACAACCUCAACGAAGCCACUAUGAAGUCUCGUUACCACAAAGCACCACAUAAAUUAGUGUUCCAGACACCAUGGUGUUAAUAUUAAGCUUAUCUAGGAUCAAUUAUGUAUGUUUGUGUAUUGAUUUAUAGCCGUAUAUUGUACCAUAGGACCAAAUAUGAUUACUGAGAUUAUUUUAGUAUCAGUAUAAUCCAUAUAUUUGUAAGCAUUCACAUUCUGACUGGUGUACUGUGAGAGGUUUUUCAAUCUGUUAUAAAUAUUACUGUUCUAAGACAUUGGAAAGACUAUAUGUUAAGUUGAUCUUAUACUUGUUGCAUCAUUUACAUUACAUUUAAACAUCUCAGUUUCUCAAAUCAAUUAUCAGUCACUCAAAUGUAUUAUAUUAUAUGUGCUAUUAUAUUACAUGUAUGUGCCUCAAAAUACAUUCAGAAAGUAUUGCUCAAGGCUCAAGGCUGCUCAAGAUCAAGGGCUCUUUACAAAAGCCUUUGCACCCUUCUAUUGCACCCGUUAAAACAGAAUGCUUCUAUUUGCAUUCUUUUCUAAUUUAAUACAACAGUUUUCAUUACAAUUUAUAUUAUUGACAACCACUUGAGUGAAAAAGUGAAAAGGUGAAAAGUAGAAUCUUUGAAAUAUGUAAAUGAAUUUCAAAGUUUCUUAGUAUUUGGUAUGUCCUCUUUAAUGACACUGUGCACUCAAGCUGGCAUGGACUUCACAAGUUUGUAUAAAACCUUAUGAUCCAUUCAAAUCCAUCACAGUGUUGUCUGAACACAUGUUUCAAUAGAAGAGAUUAGGCAUGAGGAAAAUCUGACCUUUUGUACAAAGCAGGUAACAUGCUCAAUAUCACAAUUUUGCUUACAUUUAUAUAGGGACCUAGAAAUAGUGCAGAACAUUGAAUAUUAAAUAUUCACAUAUAUAAACAUAUAUAUAUAUAUAUAUAUAUAUAUACACAUACACAUACACAUACAUAUAGUAUAUACAGUACUGUGCAAAAGUCUGAGGCACCCUUUUUUAGUACAAACUUUGAUACAGAUUUUUAUUUUAUGACUUCUAUGUUAUGUUAGAUUUCCAAACAUUAGUUUUCCAGCACAAAAUUAAAUGUUACAGAAAAAUGUUUGUAUGUCAGUGAAAAAAGCAGCAUAUUACAUAAGAGACCACUUUUCAGACAAAAAAACAUAAUGAAGGCUGCUGGGUUUUGCUACAAAAAUAAGAAGCAAGUGUGACAAAGUGUCCAGAAGAACUGUAAGAUGCUCAGUAAAACUUACAGCUCAUUUCCUUAUAAAACUGCACAAACUGUACCUGAGACUACUAUUUCUUUUAAGCAAAGGGUCAUCACACCAAAUAUUGUCUUUGUUUCAUAUAUUACAGUUUUCUACUGUUUAUAGUAUUUUUUUUUUGUAGAAACAUUUAAUUUCAUUAUUUUUGAAGGCAUUUUUACUCUACAGCAUUUCUUUGCAUGUGCCCCAUUCCUUUGCACAGACUUUUUUCACAUUUGCAGUAAGCUAUUUGCAUUCUGGUCUUAAACACAUGCAAAGUCUUGCUGGAGCUUUUAAACAGUUUUGACAGAGAAUAUAUUGGGAGGCUGAGUGAGGUCACAUUCAUGCAUACGUCUCCUCAAGAGACAAUUCCUGGAAAUGUUUCCUUCUUUCAGAACACAAUGAUGUAAAUACAAUACAAUUAUGUAAUGCAGAUCUCUUUUAAAAUGUAUAUUAGGGUGUAGUGUGAAUGCUGAGAUUGCAGAUUCCUUAGUGUGUCAUACACAGUAUGUGGUUGGAGUCCAGAAAUUAGUUAUAUUAAUAUAAUAAAGAUCCCACAUUCAGUGUUUCGUUUUCAACCUAUUUUGUGGUUGAGCAUUGUUGUCCAGGAAGCAUAAGCAAACAGGAACUAUGAUCAUGCAUCAGUCACACAUUCCCAGCAUGCACGCUACAUUCUGAAGACUUCCUUCAGCUGACACUCCCAUGGUUCAUUAAGCUGACCUGCCAUGAAAUCUACUAUCACAAGUUGCUAGUUUCACUCCACCCUCGUGACCCACAACAGAAUAAAGGUUUCCGGUGCUCUGGGCCUAUUUCUAAUAUCCCUUAAGCAAAUUAUAAUACAUAGCCUUUGUAUGGGCUAAAAGAUAAUUGGACACAGAAUCUGACAUAAUCUGUUGCAUUUUUACUAGAAUAUAUAAUAUUUUAAUAUGGCGAUUUGACUACUUAUCAUAUGUCAUCAUAAUGAAUAGUAUUAUAUAUUUCAUAUUAUUCCCUUAGAACAUAGAAUAUGCUUAGAUAUCUUACAAAACGAAUUCAGGCCUCAUACUAGCGUGAGGCUUUAAUGAUUUCACACUGGUCUUGUGUGUCCAAAGUGCCAGAACUGAAAUAUGAUUUCCUGUGCACCUGUCCCGCAUGUAAAGGCUGUUACUGUGAAUUGCUUCUGCAUGCCAGUGGUUUGAUGGUUUGAUAGAAGUGUGUUGAAGUAUCACUUCAUCAAUGAAACUUACAAAAAGAACGUUAGAUAUUACAUAUGUUAUCUGUGAUUAUUAUUUUACACUCUCUCUCACUGGCACACAGUGAUCACACAGUGAAGAUCUUCAGUCUUCCUAAUAAUCACCAUAACAGUACCCUCACUUAUGUAUAGUUAAUAGUAGUUAACUACUUUAGUUAUGUAGGCCUCUAGCAAGCCUUAAAUCCUCAUUCUUGUUCACCUUUGAUGUAACUGAAAGUCAGAUAUUCUCCACUGUUAUUAUAAUAAUUUGACUUCACAAGUUGCUGCCUGGACCACAGUCAUUUCCUAAUCCUUAAUGCCUUUGCGUGCAAUGUAUGAAAAAUAAACUGUGAUUAUGUUAUUAUGCAA